UGGGUAAACGUGCAUUGUACCUUGAGGUGACUGUGUGUGCAUAUAUUUAUCUACAUCAGUGAAACUGUGGUACGUUUCGUAUAUAUAUGUAAAUCUUCUCUCAUCCCGUCAACCUUUUGGAUAAUUACAUAAUUUUCGCUAGGAGACAUAGUUUUUCAGCUGGUGUUUUUGCCUGUUUUACAAUAGUUUAUGUACAGAGUGCAGCAGCACUCUCAGGAUUUCUCCACAGUCUUUCAACACGUAAAUAUAUUCAUAUUUAUAUAUCUAUAUACAUCAUCCCUGUCUGCCUAUUGUUGUUUGGGUAUGAGUCGUUGAAACGGCUAGUGCGCAGGCAGUUGAGAGAGGGAAAGAGAGAGAGGGUGCCAUACGCAUUGUGUUGUCUUCAGCCAGAGCGACAGCACGCGAUCGAAAGAGCAGACGACUUUUAAAACUUCGGUGGAAACACGCGCGUGGUGUUUUUUUUUCUUCUUAAAAAAAAUAGUUAGAAUCUUUGAUUUAUUCAGCUAUAGUGAAGAUGGCAGUCGGAUUUUAUGGAUACUUAUUUUGUGUUCUGUGUGUCAGUGAUCUGCUCAAUGUGGCGAGCGCGGUGUGCCAAUACAUGAAGCAGGAUAUUGCUUUUAAAGUAGUGAAAUCGGACGUAGUUUUGACUGGGACGGUCAAUGGAAUUACGGACGGAGAUAGUAAAUAUUUUCCAGGAAUUCCAGGAGCAAAGACCAUUGACAUGACUAUAGAAUGUAUCUACAAGGGCCCCAGUAUGAAUAGCGCUGUCAAAAUAUAUGGAGUCGGUAUUUUUGAGGACGCAGCGGGAAAAUGUCACAACACGACUGUAAAAAAGGACAAUGAAGCCAUCGUCUAUUUAGAAAAAAAAUCGAAUGGCGACCUUUUGAUGAAGUAUGUAAAUGAUCCGAUUUUCUACCUAGACGAGCUUACCAUAUGUGGACAAGAUCCACCAAAACUCGUGUCCGACCACGCGGAGCCUGACUAUGUCGACGACUACUGCACCUGGAACGGAGACGACUGUGUUGAGUAUAGGACCACUCCAGCACCCACUACAACCAAAGCUCCGACGCCUAAACCGGAACCAUCGCCGGAACCCAAUUCAGAACCGACAGCAGAACCAGAAAAGCAAACCACAAUCAAAUACGUAAUAAACUCUGUCAAACCUCAGAGCAAGGACGGGGACGAAAACAAUAGUGCAGCGAGUUUGACCUCCAUGACCUUUCUUUUAGCCAUCUCUUCAAUUGUAGCAUAUUUAGUACUUUGAACAUAACAAGCAUAGCGUUUUAAACAAUUAUAGUCUUCAUGACACAUAGAAUUUUUAUAAAAAAAAAAAGUAUGUAUCUUUUAAGCAAGUUUUUAUUUAAAAUUGUUUAACUGCAGAUCGGUAUAAAUCCAGUCAUUCCAGUUUUGAAUGGUACUUGUAUUUGUGAAAUCGACAAAGGUUAAAAAAAAAAGGUCAGAUUUGAUUACUUCCAUGAGAACUACCUCUUGUGUUGCGCGAUCAUGUUGAUAGAGAGAAAGAAAGUCUUCCCGAUUAUAGAAUGGGCAAAGGGAGGUAACUCUAGAUAUUAAUAGGUCGAAUGAACCUGAGAAUUAGAAAAUUAUUGUUUUUACAUGUAAGCUGUUUUGUACAAAAGGCAGCUGUGUUACAGAGAGUGAUUUUCAAUUUUUCAUUGAAAUAAGGUUAGACAGACGGCUAACUAUUUUGACAGACUAUGAGUAUUUUGUAUGUAUAACUGGAAUUUUCUCCUUCGCCUACUAGAUUAAUAUUUUAUCAUUCAGUACCCAAUUAUACAUGUAGUCACGUGUAUGUCAUGGAUUUUUUUCUCAAUAAAAUAGAUAUUGAAAUUAUAAUAAAGUAUAAAAAAUAUAUUUCAAGAUACAGUGUAGUAUUAAAGUAUGGUUAGCAAUAUUUUAAACAAAUUUCAAUAAGCCAUUAAUGAUAGCCUAACAUACACCUAAACAUAUACUGAGAUUUUUGUGCCGAUGUCACAUUUUUUUCAUUAAUACAUACAAGCAGGGUUAUCCCAUAAUUCGGCAAUGUUACGCAAAUAUUGUAAUACCCAAGACAAUCCGAACAAUCGUGCAAUUCGGCAGGUCUCGGGCACCUUUGUCAGGAGAAUAACUAUACGGAAAUAUUGCAUAAUCAUGUUAGAAUAUGUAUGUAUAAAAAAAAUAUUGGCCUUUCUUGCAAUAUCUCUGUUUUUUCGUCUAUUUCAUGGCAGCCUCUCUCUGUUUGUAUUAUGUCGUAACAAAUAUGACGUGGCUACAUUUGCAACAUGUUUUACAUUUUAUUUAUGUAUACAUGCAUCUAUUCAAUAUACAUAUAACCUUUCUAUUAAAAUUUUCGUAAGCAAUUUUUCUCGCCAUUCCAUGUAUACUCAGAAAAGUGAUCGUUAUUCCGAGAAUUUUUGGGAAUUGAUAUAUUCUAUCUGAAGCAGUCCCUUAUAUUAAUAUCUUCCGAAUCUCAGCUGAAUAUUUGUCACGUUUUAAUUAUGCUUUGGCCCUUUAUUCCGUGAAGGCGAAGCUAAUUAAAUAGUAUGUUUCAUAUUCCAAUCUGAAAAUACUUAUCUUCGCCCGAACAAUAGCAAUUUUUGAUAGCAAUAGCAAAUUAACAAUUAUCGUAGUUUAUUAAGCUUCAACUUGUAAAAAAAAUGUUUUCUUGGGAAUCUUUAGUUCGUUAGGUAGUCAGUUAUAUUAAUGGAGUAUUUUAUUUCCAUAUGCCCACAAUCAAAAUGCUUUCAGUUGUGCAAUUUUCAUCGUAGUACCGUAGAUAUAUUGAAAAAGAAUUUAUCUUAACGAAACAUUUUCGAUGUAGAAUUUUUUUAUACUGAUUUUUUUUUUUCGUUGCUUUUUCUAUUGAAGAUAUCAAAGAUUGUUGCUGUAGAAUUUGAUUUACAUGUUAGUCUAUAUUUAAUUGGUUUGAUAACCAGUUAGUUGAGUGUUAACAAUAGGAGCAAUAACCGAAAAGUAAUCGGAUAUUUAUAAAAAAAAAAAAAAAAAAGAUUUUUAAAGAUAUAACGUUAAGCAACAUGUCUUUUUAUUUCUUUGUUUUUCAUGUUGUGGUGUGUUAAAAAAUUUUUAAUUAUUUAGCUUAUUAUGGUAGGAAAAUUAAUUUCCGGAUUCAAGGCUAAGUGCGUUUAAAAAUGAACACCAUAGGCUUAUUAAAGAAGAGCAUGAGAAUUUUCCAACGUUAAACAAGUUAUUUUUCGGGAAAUGUGCAACGCUUCACAUGUGCACAAUCCCUGUCUAAACCAAAUUAAGCUCAACACAGAAUUUUGUACUAGGUAUAAAAUGUUUUAAAUGAUAUUAGAUUAUUUUAGAAGUACUGUUGCCACUAGUGCUAUUUAUCGUUUUUUGGGGGGUAUAAAAAUGAACCCGAGCCUAGUUUCAUGAUUUGCAUGUGUAUAAAUAAUUGUCAACUGGUGUGUCCAUCUUUUUUUUCUUUUUUUUUUCCGCCAUCAUUAUUUAUAUCUUGAAUGAUUCUGGGUUCGCUGUAAUGCUGAUUAUUGCUGUAUGGGUAAAUUUUGCUUGUGUAUGUACAGUGUAUGUGUAAAUGUGUAUACUGGUGUUUUUUUCUUUUGCUGAUGGUGUGUAUUUCUCUCGGUACAGAUGUGUAUGUUUUGUAUAUUGAUUAAAUAAACCAUGCUCGCUGAUGUAACUUA